AUGACCACACCAACCCAACCCCUCUCCGAACCACAAACCCAACAACAACAACAACAACAACAACAACAACAAGAAGUCCCACCUCAACCCUCCGAACACCAACCCCCCCAAAAUCAAUCCGAACCCCUCCCUCCCCACCUAAACCCAACCACCUACCCCCGCACCACCACGAACCCAACCCUCAACACGCACAUCACGCUCACCUACGCUCCGCUGGACGCCACCGCAGCCCUGACCCUCGUCUCCUCACCGCAAGCCGGCGCCAACGUGCUCUUCCUGGGCACCACGCGGGACACCUUCGGGGACCGCGCCGUCGCCCAGCUCAGCUACACGGCGUACCCGCCGCUGGCGCUGAAGACGCUAGCCCAGAUCGCCGAGGCCGCUGUGCACGCCCACGGCCUGCUGGGCGUGGCGAUCGCGCACCGGCUCGGCGACGUGCCCAUCGGGGAGAGCAGUAUCGCCAUCGCGGUGAGCGCGGGCCACCGCGGCGCGGCGUGGCGGGCCGGCGAGGAGGUGCUGGAGCGGUGCAAGGAGCGGGCGGAGAUCUGGAAGCGCGAGGUAUUUGUCGAUGGGGGCGGGGAGUGGCGCGAGAAUCGGGAGAGGGAUCGUGAGGGGGAGUUGGUGGGGUGA